AAAAUCGUUCUGCCGGUAGCUUCCGUACCCAUUGCCCAACAGCAAUAUAUAUGUAUUUUUGAGUACAUCUGAAUUUUGUGCAUUACCGUGCGCACUGAAUAUUUCUCUAACCUGCACGCCGCUACAGGAAAGCAGAAUAUACCAGUAUCUAUAUUCCUAUUAGCUUUUAAUCAAGCGGAUUGUUAUAUUGUUAUCAGUUAACAAUACUCUUUUAUAUCUGUCUUUUUAAAUCUUCAACUUCAUUUGUUUAUUUAUUUAUGUAUUUAUUUAUGUUUCUUACCGGUGUCUGAAAAGCCAUAAUUUGACCGAAGCAGAAAGUUAAAAAUACAGUAUUGCACUAUGCACUAUACAGGUAUCUCUGCUUAUUUUCCUAAGAACCCGAAUUAAUUGUAUAGAUUAUUCAUUUUCUAAUAGCGGUUAGAUUUAUUUAUUUAUUACUCCAAGGAGUGAAUGUUUGGACGAGUCUGGGUUAUAUCAUUUUCAAAAUAAACACAAAACUACAGGCCUGUACAUUUCUAAAAAAUAAAUAAAUAAAAAACGCGACUGAACAUUGUCAGUUACAUCAAGAGGGGAAGAUGGACAUCACAAUGCUCCUGCCACUCUUACUCACCCUCCAAUCCACUGGAGCCACGCUGAGGAACGUGUCUACUGCAGGCUGUCACAUCAUCAAGCCCCCUCGCGAUGGAGGGAUUCGGUACCGAGGUCUGACUCAGGAGCAGAUCCGCAGGGUGCAGAUCCUGCCGGUGGAUUAUGAGAUCGAGUAUGUCUGCCGGGGGGAGCGGAUCAUCUCUGGGCCCAAAGUUCGCAAGUGUCUGGAGAAUGGGAGAUGGACUGACAUGAGCAAGGAGAGCCGAUGCCUUCACCCAUGCCCUCGUGUGUGGCUGUCUCUGGAGAAUGGGCAGGUCCAGUCUGAUCUCUCUGAGCUGGAUCGCUCCCCAGUCGAAGGCACCCAGCUCUCCUAUCACUGUGACCCCGGGUUCAGACUGCUCGGGGCCAACACCAGCACCUGCACCAAGACCGGCAAGUGGGACAAUGCCAAACCAGUCUGCCAGUAUGACCGCCACUACACUGGCCAGGCACGCUCAGGUAAGAAGACCCUCUAUAUCGGAGCCCUGUUCCCCAUGAGCGGGGGCUGGCCCGGCGGACAAGCCUGCCUGCCUUCGGCCGAGAUGGCUCUGGAACACGUCAACCGGAGAGCAGAUAUCUUACCGGACUACGAGCUCAAACUCAUCCACCACGACAGCAAAUGUGACCCAGGGGAAGCUACUAAGCUCCUGUACGAGUUGCUCUAUAAAGACCCCAUCAAGAUUGUGCUGAUGCCUGGCUGCAGCUCGGUCUCUACCCUGGUAGCUGAAGCUGCAAGAAUGUGGAAUCUCAUUGUGCUCUCGUACGGCUCCAGCUCCCCAGCCCUCUCUAACCGGCAACGCUUCCCCACGUUCUUCCGCACUCACCCCUCGGCCACGCUGCACAACCCCACUCGAGUGCAGCUCUUCAAGAAGUGGAACUGGAGCAAGAUCGCCACCAUCCAGCAGACGACAGAAGUCUUCACUUCAACUCUGGAUGAUUUGGAGGACAGAGUGAAGAAGGCAGGGAUUGAACUCAGUGUCAGACAGAGUUUUCUUUCAGACCCUGCCGUGGCGGUGAAGAAUCUCAAGCGACAAGACGCCCGGAUAAUCGUGGGGCUGUUUUAUGAAACAGAAGCUCGCAAAGUGUUCUGUGAGGUUUUCAAGGAGAAGCUUUAUGGUAAGAAGUACGUCUGGUUUCUGAUUGGCUGGUAUGCCGACAACUGGUUUAAGAUCAAUGACCCGUCAAUCAACUGCACGGUGGAGAACAUGACCGAGGCUGUCGAGGGUCAUGUGACCACAGAGAUUGUGAUGCUGAACCCCGAGAUCGUGCGUGGAGUGUCUGACCUGACCUCCGAGGAUUUCCUGGAUAAGAUGAUGGCUCGUCUGGGGGUGAUGAACCCAGAGGAGACAGGGGGGUUCCAGGAGGCUCCGCUGGCUUACGACGCGGUGUGGGCUCUCGCCCUGGCCCUCAACAAGACCGCCGGGGAGCUGGCAAAGAGGGGACUGCGGCUGGAGGACUUCAACUACAACAACAAGAACAUCACAGGAGAGAUCUACAAAGCCAUGAACACCUCCUCCUUCAUGGGGGUCUCUGGUCACGUUGUGUUCGAUGCCCAGGGUUCUCGAAUGGCCUUGACUCUGAUUGAGCAGCUUCAAGGUGGAAUUUACAAGAAAAUAGGAUACUUUGACAGUUCCAAAGGAAAUCUCACCUGGUAUGGAAAUGACAAGUGGAUUGGUGGGAGUCCUCCCGCUGACCGGACAGAGCUGAUUGUGGAAUACCGGUUCCUGUCACAGAAGCUUUUUGUCUCUGUAGCUGUAUUUGCAGGCUUUGGAAUUCUGUUCGGAAUAAUCUGCCUCACUUUCAACAUCUACAACAGUAGCGUGCGGUACAUCCAGAACUCGCAGCCCUACCUCAACAACAUGACUGCUGUGGGCUGUGUGCUAGCCCUGGCUGCUGUCUUUCCACUAGGAUUAGACAGGAAACACAUUGCCCAGGGCCACUUCCCCUUCAUCUGCCAGGCACGUCUCUGGCUGUUAGGACUGGGGUUCAGCCUGGCCUACGGCAGCAUGUUCACAAAGAUCUGGUGGGUCCACACGGUCUUCACAAAGAAGGAUGAGAAAAAAGACAAGCGCAAGCAGCACUUGGAGCCCUGGAAGCUCUACGCUACAGUUGGGGUUCUGUUGGCCAUAGAUAUCCUGUCUCUGAUGAUCUGGCAGAUUGUGGAUCCCCUUCACAUCACUGUAGAGGAGUUCAUUAAAGAGGCACCCAAAGGUGAUCUCGAUGUGUUGGUCCAGCCUUUACUUGAGCACUGCAACUCAGAGAAGAUGAACACAUGGCUGGGCGUGGUGUAUGGAUACAAGGGUCUGCUGCUUCUGCUGGGAAUCUUUCUGGCUUACGAGACCAAGAGUGUGUCCACUGAGAAAAUCAAUGACCACCGCGCUGUCGGCAUGGCCAUCUACAAUGUAGCGGUCCUGUGUAUGAUCACAGCCCCAGUCACAAUGAUCCUGAACAGUCAGCAGGAUGCAGCUUUUGCCUUUGCAGCGCUGGCUAUCAUCUUCUCAGUUUACAUCACCCUAGUUGUGCUGUUUGUCCCCAAGAUGAGGCGUUUGAUCACUCGGGGAGAGUGGCAGUCUGAGCAGCAAGACACCAUGCGCACUGGCUCCUCCACCAACAACAACGAUGAGGAGAAAUCCAGACAGCUGGAGAAAGAGAACCGUGAGCUGGAGAAGAUCAUAGCAGAGAAGGAGGAACGCGUCUCUGAACUCCGUCACCAACUCUCUGAGAGAAAACAGCUCCGAUCUCGCCACCGCCCCUCGGCCAAUGAGAACCAGGCCCCUCUGGAGAACCACCAAUCGCAGCAUUUCUCCAACUCCAAUCUGGCCCCUGUCCCCUCCCUAUACCAGCCCACAGGCCGCCCAGCGCCCCUCGCAGACAAAAUCACUCGUAAUAACUGCCAUGGCAGCCGUCUCCACCUGCUCUACAAGUGAGCCAGAAUGUAUGCUGUCUGAAAAAAUCGAAAUAUAGCUAUCACUAUAUGUUUUUUUUCAGGGUUUCUACAAGCAAAUUUGUUGUUAACAAUACAAAAAAAGUAUUAGCCAAAGUGUGUUAAAGUGGUCUGACUUGUGCUAAAGUGGGCCAAAGUGGGCUAACUUGUCACUUUCCUCCCUGUGAAAGUCAGAAAUGUGUUUUUCAGGAUUUCUAUAAACAAAUAUGAAAAUACACACCCCUAGAAAAGUAAUGAAGUCGUCACAAAUGGGGGGUGCUGAAGUGGGCCGAAAAGGACUAAAGAGAUCCAAAGUGGUCCAACUUUAGAAAUGUCGUGUCAGAAAUAAUCCAACUUAUAUAAUGUUGAAUUUGCAAGUGCUGCAUUUUAGAAAAUCUAUAAACAUUUGUACAGUUUGUCCGCUUGAGUGCAUCCUUUAUAUUUCAAAUGACUUCCAAUUCAGCUAUUCAUUGAUUUGCUGUUGGAGACACUCCAGAGUACAGGUUUGUUGCACUGUAAUGCUCAGACUGGCAGGGCUGUCCUUUGUCCUUCACCCACUUUAUAGCGCCUGUGUGUAAAGACGUGAUGGUUGGGAGGAUCAGAGCUGUUCAUCUGUUGUACUGGACAAUCUAAAUAGGGGAUAAACGGGCAAAAUAAUUGGAUAUAAUGUUUUAUUAAAAUGGAUUGGAUCAGUGUUUCAGUAUAAUAAUUGAAAUACUGCAGGUAAAACUUAAAGUCAUUGUAGCUAACAAGGUAAUUGCAGAAAUCUUACUGCCAUUUGCUGUAUAGGUCUCAGGUGUGCAGUUUUGAAAUGAUAGCAAAACAUUUGGUACUACACUCAAACCUCUGUUUGCAAGCCUGCACUUCCUUGGCCAUUUCACCUGGAGUGUCCCCACCCUUCCAAUGUCUUCUUUCCUGUCAGGAACCAAUCAGCUGCUUCCUCUGUUGACUGACAAUGCUUUCAGCCAGUAAGCUGGCCCAGGAAGUGACUGGACUCUUGUGAAGGUGUCAGGGUUGAAAAUAAGAAGUCAUGUAUAUUUUAUAAUCGCGUAUUGAAAACCUAGGUAAGAUUUAUGAACGUGUUUGCUGUGCGGCAACCAACUUAUAAUUGGCCAGGAUUGGUCAGUGUGUCUUGUUGUCUUGCUCUCUAGAUAUCAUGGCAUCCCUUACCCUCCUCUUUAUAAAUCCAUGCAAAAGAUUUUCAUGAGGCACAAAUGCAGAAGCACUUGAGGUGGGGUAUUUAAUUCAUAUAGUAAAUGCAUUGAGGUUGCAAAAUCACUGUGGCUGUUGUGAAGAUAGACAGGGCUGGCAUGAAGUAGCUUGACUUAUAACCACACACUAUCCUAUCUGGCUUACAGGGAGUGCUGAAUGUUGCUACUUUAAUAGUUAAUAGUUCAUUUAAGAGUGCUGACUUUUUUCACCUGGGUUUGAGCUGCUCCGAGCUUGUCCGGAGAAUCCCAGGUGCCAGGACUGAACAAAUUUCCUCGUUCCAUUCAAAUCAUUUGGCAGCUCUGCCAGCCCCACCCACUUUACAGAGACAGAGAGAGCAGGUGGAAUGAGGGAGGCCGUUCAAUGUCUGGCACUUAGGAUUCUCCAGACCAGCUCAAAGCAGCUGAAAUUCAGGUAAAGGCAGAUUUACAGAACAAUGAAAACUCAAUAUUAAAGCAACGGAACCACUCAGACCGAUUGUAAUUAAAACGGUAAGGGAAAUGUCAAAACAAAAAAGCAAUUAAAAUGACAUUUGCUAUUUAUUUCUUAACUUUAUGAGGUGCGCUUGUGCAUCAUUGCAUCAUUGUGUUCUGGGCUAUUUGUUUUCUCCUUAGAGACUUUAUUCCUGCCUUUAUAUACAGUGUAUAUUAAAAGAAACUAACACAAUUCUAGGAAAAAUGUUUUGAUUAGAA